AUGGUGUUAGAAAGAGAAGUAUCAGAUUUGGUUUUAUUGGAUGAACUUUAUCCACCACUUAUUUUAAACAAUUUAAGAAUAAGAUUUUUAAAAAAUGAAAUUUAUACUAAUAUAGGUAAUAUAUUAAUAGUAUUAAAUCCAUUUAAAGAAUUACCUAUAUAUGAUGAUGAAACAAUAUUAGAUUAUUAUAGUAAAUUAAGAAAUUAUGAGAAUGUAAAUCCACAUUCAUUUGUUAUAGCAGAUUCUUCAUAUAGACAUUUAUAGAAAUCAUUAGAAAGAAAAAAUUAGAAAAAUCAAAGUGUUGUUAUAAGUGGAGAUUCUGGUAGUGGAAAAACAGAAACAACAAAACAUAUAUUAAAAUAUAUAACAUAUAUAACUAAUAAUGAUUUAGAAGUAUACGGUGAUAAUAAAAAUAUUACAAAAAAUAUAGAUAAAAAAAUAUUAAAUACUAAUCCAGUUUUAGAAACUUUUGGUAAUGCAAAAACAUUAAGAAAUAAUAAUUCUAGUAGAUUUGGUAAAUAUUUAAAGAUAUAUUUUGAUGAUAAUUUAAAUAUUAGAGGAGCAAAAAUAUUCAACUAUUUAUUAGAAAAAAUGAGAGUCUGUAAACAAAAUAAUCACGAAAGAAAUUUUCAUAUAUUUUACUAG